AUGGCGACCAUCGUUCUUUAUUCCAUGAACAGAACGGCGCAAACCACUGCGAGACAAUGUAUAAUUCAGUUUUCAAAGCGAGCUUCCAUAGUGGACUCGCACCUAUCUUUCUUCCGCAGGUUAACUUCGCUUCCGGGAGCGAGAUGUGUUCCCAAAGCUACUGGAGUGCGGUUCAUGUCACACGGGACUGCAGGCAAAUCGGCAACCGGGCGAACCAGGAGAGGCGCACUGCUGGUUGCUGGAACAGCGGCGGCAGUGGCGGGUUUUGUGGCUAGCGGUAGUCACUUUCAGCGGGCUGAAAUGGCAACCAUGAUCCCCAAAACCGAGGAGAAGGAGAUAGCGGAGAAAUGCAAGACGUUCAUGGCCCCGCCGUGUACCGACGUCAAAGUGCUGCAGCAGAGGAAAGAGGAAAUGUGCACGAGGAUGGAGAUGCUGAUAAUGGACACUCAGGCGGAGUUCUGCAGAGCGCUCGAGGAGGUGGACGGCGGCAACUUCAAAGUGGACAAGUGGGAACGGAAAGAAGGCAAGGAUCUCCCUUUGGCACGUGCCAUUUGGCACACACAGCCCGUGCCAAAGCGCGUGGAUAGUCAGUUAGGAACCCCAACCUAAGGCCAGAGCAUCUUACCUAUAUGCCAACGUAGAUCUACACUAUAUGAUCAAAAGUAUGUGGACACCUGCUCGUCUAACAUCUCAUUCCAAAAAGCCAGAACCAUGAUAAACAGCCCCAGACCAUUAUUCCUCCUCCACCAAACUUUACAGUUGGCAGGUAGCGUUCUGGCGUCUGCCAAACCCAGAUUCAUCCGUCAGAUUGCCAGAUGGUGAAGCGUGAUUCACUGCUCCAGAGUCCAAUGGCGCCGAGCUUUACACCACUCCAGCUGACGCUUGGCAUUGCACAUGGUGAUCUUAGGCUUGUGUGCGGCUGCUCGGCCAUGGAAACCCAUUUCAUGAAGCUCCCGACUAACAGUUAUUGUGCUGACGUUGCUUCCAGAGGCAGUUUGGAAAUCGGUAGUGAGUGUUACAACCAAGGACAGACGUUUUUAUGCGCUUCAGCACUCGGCGGUCCCGUUCUGUGAGCUUGUGUGGCCUACCACUUCGCGGCUGAACCGUUGUUGCGCCUAGACGUUUCCACUUCACAAUAACAACUCUUACAGUUGACUGUGGCUGCUCUAGCAGGGCAGAAAUUUGACAAGCUGACUUGUUGGAAAAGUGUCAUCCUAUGACAAUGCCACGUUGAACGUCACUGAGCUCUUCAGUAAGGCCAUUCUACUGUCAAUGUUUGUCUAUGGAGAUUGCAUGGCUGUGUGCUCGAUUUUAUGCACCUGUCAGCAACGGGUGUGGUUGAAAUAGCCGAAUCCACUCGUUUGAAGGGGUGUCCACAUACUUUUGUAUAUAUAGUGUAUCUGGCAGCUAUCAACGCUGACACAUUCACAGUGGCACAUGAAGUGUCCAAUGACUAAUUUGUGCAAUAGGUUAAAAAAAAUGUUUAUAAUUGUGACAUACACCAGAUAUGUGCAGGGAAAUCUGUUGUUUUACAUGGUCAGCCAUAGUAGUAUGGCACAAAUUAGGGUUAAGUGCCUUGCUCAAGGGCAAAUCGACAGAUUUUUCACCUUGUCAGCUCGGAUAUUCGAACCAGCGACCUUCCGGUUGCUGGCCCAAUGCUCUAACAGCUAGGCUACCUACAUAUUCGAAGGUAGCUAGACUAGAUUCCGACCCUACGCUUGCUUACAGCUGCACUGGGGUUGUACAGGCUUCCUGUUUAGAUUAAGGCACCAGCGUGAGAUAUGGCUCGGAAAACGUACCUCAAUCCAGGGAUGAGAAAUUCAUUGUACAUAGAAUUGUCCCAUUAUCCCAACUCUUACACCGAGAAGAUUGAACGACUGCUAGAUUUUUAGCAGUCGUUCAAUGUUCUUGGCGUAACAGUUGGGAUAAUGGGACAAUUCUGAGUGCAACGUAUUUCUCAUCCCUGGAUUGAGGUAGGUUUUCCGAGCCAUAUCUUGUGCCGGCUCUGCGGUGUCUUAAUCUAAACAAGAAGCCUGUCCGACCCCAGUGCAUCUAUAAACUAAGGUCGGAAUCUAUUCAGGCUAAUCCAAAGGUUAUCCCACCUGCCCUUAUUUUUAAGCUGAGCCCAACAGCUACAGUAGUAGCACCUUGCCACAUUCUGCACCCAUGCCAUUGUCUCACUGUCUGUUUGUAUAGCAUUAUUACAGUGCUUUGGUGUUUGGCUCUUUCUUUACUGUCUAACAUCUUGUAUGUUUGUCUGUGUGUGUAUCAUCAGGUGGCGGGGGCAUUAGCUGUGUGCUGCAGGAUGGGAAGGUGUUUGAGAAGGCGGGGGUCAACGUGUCCGUGGUGUUUGGGAACCUGACCGAGGAGGCCGCUAAGCAGAUGCGCAGCAGAGGGAAGGUCCUCAAAGGGAAAGAUGGUGAGUGGCAGCCCUAGGUUCAUAUCAACCUCAUUAACUUCAGCAAUAUUAUGUUGUCUUGCAGUACAGUGUGUUACCUCAUGCUACAUGUGUCACUCAAGACCAGAAAUGGCCAUUCAUGCCAUUCUGACAAGCUAAUGUGUUCAAGGAAUCGGGAUUGGAUCCUUGAGUCAGACUAUGGUUGAGAUGUAUAUUAUGGUAUUGCAUUGUAUUGUAUAAUAUUGUAUUGUUAUGUUCACUCCUAGGCAUCCUGCCAUUCUGUGCCAUGGGCGUGAGCUCAGUCAUCCACCCCAAGAACCCCCACAUUCCCACAGUGCACUUCAACUACAGAUACUUUGAGAUAGAAGAAGAAGAUGGUGCGUGUCAGCCUGUGACAUCAUACCAUUCAAGUGUUAGAGCUGAGAUAAUGAAUGAUGGCUCUUGUCUUCUCGUGUGUGUGUGUGUCUCCCAGGCACUAAACAGUGGUGGUUUGGUGGCGGUACAGACCUGACUCCUACCUAUGUCAAUAAGGAGGAUGGUGCUCACUUUCACAACAGUCUGAAGGAGGCCUGUGACAAACAUCACCCCCAGUACUACCCCGACUUCAAAAAGUGGUACGAACCACCCACAUCAGUGACUUCAUACAAUGUGUGGUAAUGACUGGGUGGGUGGGGUGGGUGACUUCACUGGGUGGGUCUCUACUGUUCAACAGGGAUAAGGAGUUUCUCAUAAUUUUCUUCAGCUGCUGAAUGACCGUUUUGUUCAGAGCUAGUGAAUGACAUUGUGUCAAUGAAUGGGAGGGUAAGUGAGUAUGGUACUGUAUAUGGAUGUGUGUGUCUGUGUUACUUUUAAAGGCUAGAUUCCUAUAAGCUGUUUGCAUUUUACACAUUCAUACAGUGGUCUUUCCCCCAGAUUGACAUUGUUAUCUUGAUCUUCUCUCAACUCAAACAUACAGUAGUUGUAUUUUUAAAGAACAUUGGGUUAUAUUUUAAUUGAGCGGAAUCACAUUAUCUAAUAACUACCUCUGUGUCUAGAGUCAUUGAAACCAGUAGCUCAACAUUUCUACCAUGUUUCAAAUACCUGUAAAAGUACUGCAAUGUACUAGUUAUGAUACAAUUAUGGAAAUUAACAUUGGUAACACUUUAAUUAAAGGCUGCUGGUAUAAAUGCAUGCGUAUAACAAGUUAUAUAAAGCAAUAUACAGUACCUGCGGGCGGGUAUAAUUAAAGUGUUUCCAUAACCUGCACAUGUCUUUCCUCAAGCUUAGUUAAUUCAAAACACUCCUGCUGCCUGUAGGUGUGACCACUACUUUUACAUCCGCCAUCGUGGCGAGACGCGGGGCAUCGGUGGCAUCUUCUUUGACGACCUGGACUCUCCCAGCCAGGAGGAGGCGUUCAGCUUUGUUAGGAGCUGUGCCCAGACCGUGGUGCCCUGUUACCUGCCCAUUGUCUACAAACACCUCAAUGACCCCUUCAGCCCAGAGGAGAAGGACUGGCAGCAGGUGCGGAGAGGCAGGUGGGUACAUAUGAGAGGGUGUGGGUGUACCUAGGGCUGUGGCGGUCAUGACAUUUUGUCAGCCAUUGAUUGUCAAGCACAUAACUGCCAGUCUCAUGGUAAUUGACCGUUAAUUAACAAAAACACAUUUAGCAUCUCCUGGCUUCCACGCAUAGCCUACAAGCCACUGAUGCAGACCUUUGGAACAUCUACAUUUUAAAAAGUCUAAUAAAUCCAUAGCCUACACCAUCACAAUAAAGUAUGUAUUUUAGACAGGUCUAAUAAACAUGAUAUGAAGAAAAUGUGGUCUAUUUCAGAAGAACAGAAUAGCAUACUCCUUGUCAUUAUGUUAGGCUCUGACCUGGCUAUGCCAUAUGCCUGUGGGCUAUACUAGUUCAUUUAGCAGACAAGAUUUGCUUAGAAUUUCAUGGCAUUAUUUUAUAGUAUGAAGAAUACAAUUGAACACAGCUGAAUAAAAUACAAACGAUGUUUUCUCCAAAAUAUUUCUGAGGGAGUGCGCACAUGCCACUAUUCUGUGUUGAGCGGUUAACAAAGAAACAGGUCUUCUUAUAUGCUUAACUAAGAGUUAUUUAUGCAACCUUAGUUGUGAUCAAAAUAUAUAGCCCAACGUUUGUAUUUUUUUAUACAUUCUAAGGCUGCAUGAUGUGACUAAUGAUGAUUUGAAAAAAGUUGCAUGAAAGGCAUGAGCUCUGCUUUGUUAUUUGCGCAGGCUGCACACAUUUCAUCAGUCUCUCAUUCACAAUUUGACAAGCACUUGAUAAUGCCUCAAAUUUCUCGGCGGCAUCCCCUUUGUGUGGCCGUAAUGGCCCUUAAAGAAAUCCAUGCCUUUUGUGAAAAAGUUAAGAAAAAAAAUAAUGUAUCUUCCCCAAACGUGAAACUCACACGCUGUGCAUGUAUGCCAGUUAGGCUCUACACCUGUUGUAAAGCGGAUUAAUGUGCUUAAUUGUAAGAAGUUAUUUGGCCACUUUAGUUGUGAUACAAACCUUAUCAAAACAUAUAGGCCUAUGAGCUAGGCUACAUGAGGUGUGCGACUGAUUUGAAAAAGUUGCAACAAAGGCAUGCACUCUUUCUUGCCUUACUGCACACAAGCUGGGCAUGAUUCACAAGUGAUAGGCUAAUAUUUUCACCCAUCAGACUGUUGUUGAUUUAAUCUUGUCUUUACAUACACUAUCGUUCAAAAGUUUGGGGUCACUUAGAAAUGUCCUUGUUUUUGAAAGAAAAUGAAUUUUUCUGUCCAUUAAAAUAACAUAAAAAUGAUCAGAAAUAUAGUGUAGACAUUGUUAAUGUUGUAAAUGGCUAUUGUAGCUGGAAACGGCUGAUUUUUUAAAUGGAAUAUCUACAUAGGCGUACAGAGGUCCAUUAUCAGCAACCAUCAGUCCUGUGUUCCAAUGGCACGUUGUGUUUGCUAAUCCAAGUUUAUCAUUUUAAAAGGCUAAUUGAUCAUUAGAAAACCCUUUUGCAAUUAUGUUAGCACAGCUGAAAACUGUUGUGCUGAUUAAAGAAGCAAUAAAACUGGCCUUCUUGAGACUAGUUGAGUAUCUGGAGCAUCAGCAAUUGUGGGUUCCAUUACAGGCUCAAAAUGGCCAGAAACAAAUAACUUUCUUCUAAAACUCGUCAGUCUAUUCUUGUUCUGAGAAAUGAAGGCUAUUCCAUGCAAGAAAUUGCCAAGAAACUGAAGAUUUCGUACAACGCUGUGUACUACUCCCUUCACAGAACAGCGCAAACUGUCUCUAACCAGAAAAGAAAGAGGAGUGGGAGGCCCCGGUGCACAACUGAGCAAGAGGACAAAUACAUUAGUGUCUAGUUUGAGAAACAGGCGCCUCACAGGUCCUCAAAUGGCAGCUUAAUUAAAUAGUACCCGCAAAACACCAGUCUCAACGUCAAGAGUGAAGAGGCGACUCUGGGAUGCUGACCUUCUAGGCAGAGUUGCAAAGAAAAAGCCAUAUCUCAGACUGCCCAUCUUAAUAUUUUCUUUUUAUUGGCCAGUCUGAGAUAUGGCUUUUUCUUUGUAACUCUGCCUAGAAGGUCAGCAUCCCGGAGUCGCCUCUUCACUGUUGACGUUGAGACUGGUGUUUUGCAGGUUGGCUGCUUUUCCUUCACUCUGCGGUCCAACUCCUCCUAAACCAUCUCAAUUGGGUUGAGGUCGGGGGAUUGUGGAGGCCAGGUCAUCUGAUGCAGCACUCCAUCACUCUCCUUCUUGGUAAAAUAGACCUUACACAGCCUGGAGGUGUGUUUUGGGUCAUUGUCCUGUUGAAAAACAAAUUAUAGUCCCACUAAGCGCAAACCAGAUGGGAUGGCGUAUCGCUGCAGAAUGCUGUGGUAGCCAUGCUGGUUAAAUGUGCGUCAAAUUCUAAAUAAAUCACUGACAGUGUCACCAGCAAAGCACCUCCACACCAUCAUACCUCCUCCUCCAUGCUUCACAGUGGGAACCACACAUGCGGACAUCAUCCGUUCACCUACGCUGCGUCUCACAAAGACACGGCGGUUGGAACCAAAAAUCUCAAAUUUGGACUCAUCAGACCAAAGGAUUUCCACCGGUCUAAUGUCCAUUGCUUGUGUUUCUUGGUCCAAGCAAGUCUCUUCUUCUUAUUGGUGUCCUUUAGUAGUGGUUUCUUUGCAGCAGUUCGACCAUGAAGGCAUGAAUCAUGCAGUCUCCUCUGAACAAUUGAUGUUGAGAUGUGUCUGUUACUUGAACUCUGUGAAGCAUUUAUUUGGGCUGCAAUCUGGGGUGCAGUUAACUCUAAUGAACGUAUCCUCUGCAGCAGAGGUAACUCUGGGUCUUCCAUUCCUGUGGCGGUCCUCAUGAGAGCCAGUUUCAUUAUAGCGCUUGAUAGUUUUUACGACUGCACUUGAAGAAACGUUCAAAGUUCUUGAAAUGUUCCGUAUUGACUGACCUUCAUGUCUUAAAGUAAUGAUGGACUGUCGUUUCUCUUUGCUUAUUUGAGCUGUUCUUGCCAUAAUAUGGACUUGGUAUUUUACCAAAUAGGGCUAUCUUCUGUAUACCACCCCUACCUUGUCACAACACAACUGAUUGGCUCAAACGCAUUAAGAAGGAAAGAAAUUCCACAAAUGAACUUUUAACAAGGCACACCUGUUAAUUGAAAUGCAUUCCAGGUGACUACCUCAUGAAGCUGGUUGAGAGAAUGUCAAGAGUGUGCAAAGCUGUCAUCAAGGCAAAGGGUGUCUACUUUGAAGAAUCUCAAAUCUAAAAUAUAUUUUGAUUUGUAAAAAAAAAAAUUGGUUACUACAUGAUUCCAUUUGUGUUAUUUCAUAGUUUUGAUGUCUUCACUAUUAUUCUACAAUGUAGAAUAAAAUAAAGAAAAACCCUGGAAUGAGUAGGUGUGUCCAAACUUUUGACUGGUACUGUAUGUGUGAAAAUUGUUUUGAUUUAGAAUGGACGAUUAUCAUGCACCUGUCUCAAAACAGGGGUAGGGGAAAAAAUACAUGUCAUCUAUGCACUUAAAUAGCGAAUGGAGGACGCUUUUCCCGUGGUUCAUUUUCAUGCCAGCCAGGUAGGCUAUACUCCUGUUGUAAAGAGAAGCAAUGUGCUUAAUAUUAGGAAAGUUGAGAAAUAAAUAUAGUAGCCCUAGCCUAUAGAAAGCUGAUGGGAUCCUCCUCUUUUUAAUAGAGGCCAUCCCUCUGUUUUCUCAUGCAAGUUUGUUAGGCUACUAAUGACCAUCAGCAGCAUCAGACCUUGGAGAAGCCUAAUUACCGUGACUAAACGGUCACGUGGAAUUUGACUGCCGUCGUGGUAGUAAUACGGUCACCGUAACAGCCCUAGGUGUACCCACAUGCUUGUGUGCAUGUGUAAUAACACAGUUUGUAUAUGUGUCUAUAUCUUUGUGCUUGUGUUUCAUUAAGCCUUUGGUGUGUGUGUUUCAGGUAUGUGGAAUUUAACCUGGUGUAUGACAGAGGGGUGAAGUUUGGACUGGCCACCCCAGGCUCCAGGAUCGAGAGCAUCCUCAUGUCCCUGCCCCUAACAGCCAAGUGAGUACUAUUAUGUCAUACUGCUGCUGCUAGCACUGGAUGUAAAUUACUAGUGAUUGGGAAUGAGUACUGGGUUGUGUCCCAAUAAUCUCUCCUUCCUCCUGAUGUGUGCACUCUUACACUACUUCCCAUAAAUUGUACUUUUCAAUCCAUAAAGGGAAGUGAACAAGUGCACAUUUUGGGGAAAAGGGAGAGAUUAUUGGGAAGCAACCUUGGACCAGUGAAGACUGUGUGUACUACUGUGUACAGCCUGUGUGUGCCUGGAAGUGAAUGCUCUAGGGCUUAUUCAGAAGGCUUCUAAAAUGUUCAGGUAGAAAUGUGUAGUGUUGAACAGACAUGACUGUCGCAUAGGGAGUCAUGUCACCUCUGUGGUUAUCCACGAGUCAUAGCCACGUGUUUAGAGAGAGAAAUGCUAAUGUCUUCUAAAUUUGCUGGCGGGAAAUGAAAGAGCUGGCUGCUUCCAUUGAGACAACUAUACAAAGUGCUCUGUGUCAGCAUCCUAAAUGGCACCCUAUUCUCUACAUGGUGUUCUACAGUUGAGCAGAGCCCUAUGGGGGCCAUUUGGAACACAGACACUGUAUGUCCCUCGGUUCGUACCAUGACCGAGCUGCACCACCGCAUCAACCAGACCCCUGUGGAGUCAUCUAAUGUCAGCUGUGUACAUUACAUUUCUAUCUGCAAUCACUGAAGAAGCCCCAGGCCUCUCAUUCAUGCUGACUGUCUUCUCUCUUCACAGGUGGGAGUACAUGCAUGAGCCUCCUAAAGGUUCCCAGGAGGCCGAUAUGCUGGAGGUGUUACGAAACCCCAAGGAGUGGGUCUGA